AGUGUUUGAAUUAUUAAGUCUUGGUGUAUGUAUUCUUAAUUCUUGAUUUCUCUUAUUAAUCUUGUUAUCUCGGCACACAAGGCUCAGACACUCUUUAGGAAUUCACCCACACCCGGUAUGAACCCACACACAGCACACACAUACACAACACACACUAAUCUUGAUGAAGAGAGAGCAGUUUGUCAACGAGGUGUCUCAAUAUGCGACGACACGAGACCUGUGGGAAGGUCUAGCUGUCACAUACGGCAGUGGGACUGAACCCUACCAAGUUUAUGAUCUGCAUAGGCAAACUGGGGCUAUCAAACAAGAUGGGGCGAUACUCGAAGCACUGUGGAAUAGAUUUCAGAAACUGUGGAUAUCAAUUGGUAUACAUGAACCCAGUCCAAUGGAGGGAGAGGCUCGAACGGCAAUCGACAAGUACAAUAAGAUAAUACAAAAGCAACGAUUGUACCAGUUUGUCACUGCCUUAGACGACAGAUUUGAAGCGGUUAAGAAGGAGAUCAUCCGACGGGAUCCGUUACCAACUGCUCGAAUGGCAUACGGCAUAGUCCGCCGGGAAUCAACCAAUGAGAACAUCAUGGGAAGGGGCAACCACUCUAAGGACGCGAACCACACUGGAAUCGGCCAUGGACUUGCCAUCGUCGACCGCAACCGCUCCGGUCAGCCACCCAACGCCACCAAUCGGACGUGGCAGAAGAAAUCGGAGGACAACCGGAGCCGCCUCAUCUGCACACACUGCGUGGGUAAUAAGCACACUAAGGAGGGGUGAUUUCUCCUCAUCGGUUACCCAGAAUGGUGAGAUGACAUGAAGAAGGCGAGAGCUCAAAAAUCGGCGGCGAACAGGGCAAGUCGGGCGGCGGUCGCGGUGGGAGACCGGGCUACCGACACCAGAAAAGCGGCGGGCAGCGGAGGCGGCGUCGUUAACGGGCGAGAACGCAGCGCCGACGAUCGAACAGGGGAGAAAAUCGCGACGGCUUCAGCAGCGGCGAGGGUUUUUGAAGGGGGAUAUCAGGACGGGGACGAUAGUUGGGCAUGGCACUGAGCAACGCGGGUUGUACUAUGUGGACAAGAUGGCCCAACACGGCGUUGCGAUGCUGACUCAGGGAUCGAUUGAAUCACAUGGCCAGCUUUGGCAUCGCCGGUUAGGACAUCCUUCCAUAGGAUAUUUAUGUAUUCUUUUUCCAAAGUUAGCUAGCACUCAGUUUUCCUUUCAGUGUGACACUUGUUUUUUGGCUAAAAGCCACAGACAGUCUUAUAAGUUGAACAAUUCUCGUGUCAAAACUGUUUUUUCAUUAAUACAUUCUGAUAUUUGGGGCCCUA